AGCCAGACAUUCUCACACACUGCAGAGCAGGAUACGGAGCUACGCGUCACAACCGCACACACGCGCAGAUUUUAUCGCGCUUUCAUCAUCGCACAUCAUGUGACUUCGGAUCCGGACCGCGCGACGGACCACCGCCCUGAUCUGGAACCGCACAACCUCUGGGCGACAUUUAACGGCGGCUUUUCUGUUGUCGACUGCACAGUGCGCGAGCCUGGAAUGUAGGAGGAAGAAACAAUGCGAAAACUCCUGCUCUUGGUGCCGAUUUCCUUAUUGCUGCUGGGCCUACCACUCCCAGGAAAAGGAAAGAAGCCUAGCAUAGCAAAAAGAAAUGCCUCGGGCAUCUUAAUUCCCAAAACCUUCAAUGGAAGGAGUAUUAGUACGAACUCAAACGAGCUAGAUCUGACAUCCCUCCUGCCGGAGCCGAAGGAGAUCACGGUCCAUGUUGCCGAAUACUUCCAUGGGGUCCUGAGUACCCGCAUAAUCCCCGCGGCCUACAUUUUGGCCAUGAUUAUCGGGAUCCCCGCCAACGCGUUCAUCCUGUGGACUUUCGCCGCCAAAACCAAGACCUUCUCCACGGCCAUCCUCUACUGCAGCCUGGCCGUGUCCGACCUCCUCUUCCUCGUCACCCUCGCCUUCAAGGUCCACUACCACCUCGCCGGCAACGACUGGGUGUUCGGGGAGGCCGCCUGCCGGGUGGUGACCGCCUGUUUCUACGGCAACGCCUACUGCUCCAUCCACACGCUGGCGUGCAUCGCCGUCAAGCGCUACGUGGCCAUCGUGCACCCUUACACCUACAAGAGCCUGCCCAAACACCAGUGCACCGUGUGCACCUGCCUGGCCGUCUGGGCCGUCUUCGCCGUCGCCAUGGUGCCCGAGCUCCUCAUUCGCCAGACCUACCGCAUCCCCCAGGUAAAUGUCACCACCUGCCAUGACGUGCUGCCCCUGGAGGACCCGUCGCUCUCCUUCCUGCUCUACUACAAGCUGGCGCUGACGUUCCUGGGGUUCGUCCCGGCCUUCCUGGUCACCCUCUUCACCUACGGCUCGAUACUCCGGCAGCUGGGAAAGUCGCACUCCGAUUGGGCGAGCUACAUGAAGGCCAGCACCCUGGUCUUCGUCAUCUUCGCCGUCUGCUUCGCGCCCAGCAGCGUCAUCCACUUUGCUCACUACGUCAAGCUGAACACCAGCAGCCAGGACCACUUCUACGUCUACUACAACGCGGCGGUCUGUCUGUGCGGUUUGCACAGCUGCCUGGACCCCUUCCUGUUUUGUCUCAUGUCAAAGGCCACAAGGUCGAAGCGGACGUUCAUGACGUACAGAGGAAAAAACAUCAGUCUUUCCACGUAAAUCUGAAACCACCUGCAGCGCAUCUGCCGGACAGUGGUGUCACAGGAAACCAGCACGAAAUGUCUGACGUCGGUUGCCACGGGAAACAAUGCAAGACAGCCCUCUGCAAGUCCAGGGCCUUCAUGUGAAUGCAAACUAUUUUCACUUUGCUGUUACAAUGCGUGCAUUUCUACAGACUUUACACCUGUUAAUCUGGUCACCUUUGUGAAUGCUGUAUGCAUUAAACACUGAUCAAAUGCUAAAUUUGAUACACAAACUGCAACUUUUUCCACAAUGCUCCAGAGUGCAGAGUCAUCGAGGGGUGGUUUCGGUGUUGGAACAGACAAGUCUGACAUUCCAGUCUUGUUGCGACAGACUCUCAGUUGCGAUGUGUAACCUUGAAAUGACUUACGCCUACCGCAUAAAUGUGGAGGUACGUGUAUAUACAGAGGAAGGGACUGUUACUUCAUCGAUUUAGUUUGUUCUUUCAGUGACAGAUCAAGCAGUGUGCUAUAAGCGGAGUCUCUCCUAGAACAUAUUAAUAUGUAGUACAACAGAUAUAAUAUGAAGACUUUCAAUGGGUCGCAUUGCUGUAUAAGAGAUAAAUUCACUUAAACUGGAUAAGACGUCAGGUUUUGCUGCGUGACAGCCAAAACGUUUACUGCACGUGGCUUUUAUGCGAAAGGUCUGAAAGACAUCGAUCAGAAAGCCCGUUUGCCUCUAAUGACACCAGACGAGAGGUAAACCGGAGGGCUUUUUUAAUUUCAGAAACAGACGGCUUCUGGCAGACUCACCUCACAAAUGUGCGCUUUGGCGUGCUGCAGCACGUCGUGAUAGUGUUUGGCAGUGGAAGGCCUGACUCCCUGUAGCUUAGCGGUAGGCAGCAGGAGGGCGGACAGGGUCUUCUCCGGGUCGCCGGUGCUGAGCGCUUCGUUUAUUUCGGCUAUCGCCAAGAUUCCUGGAGGGACACGUUGAGCCGGUAAAGCAAAAUCAACACCUCAGUGUGGGCACAGACAUUUCGAUGCUUAAAAACAGACUAUGCUUAUCAAAGGCGGUUUAAGCCUUUAACUCUUUUCUAUUUGGUGACCUUUUGUUCUUCUAAAAAAUAAGCCGUUUAAUUGGUAACAGCUGAGAAUGCGUGUUUAUUGUUCUUUGCUUGCUAUGAAAGUGUAAACAGAGUUUGUGUUCUUAAAAUGACAUGAAAACUGUAAAAGCCCUCUUAUAAAAGGCCCACAGAAGGCACGCGUAGCACUUAUGCCGACUGAAAUUCGAUUAUAAUAUGGUAUACAAUCUCACAAGUGACAUUAAACAUACCAAGUCAAAAGGUCACAGUAUUAUUUAUUCUGUAGACAGUGACAUAGCACAGGCCAUGACCGUCUGUUUGGGGUGAACAAUUUAUCUCAAAAAAUAUAAAUAUCAUGC